UUAUUUACUCAAUAUGACAUUGCAGAUAACACAAGCACAGGCAGCAGCAAGAGGCGAGCACUGAAAUUGUGUAAAAUCUGGUGAUAACAAGCCUAAAGCGAUAUCAAGAAGCAAGGGGAUAUUCAAAUUUCUGAAGUGACCAGUGACCUCUAAUAUGCAAUUAUUCAACUUUGCACUGUGCCUUACCCUCAUUCUUGCACCUAUAGUCCCAGCAGAAGAAGAACAUGAUCAUGAACCAAAAGUAUUCACGGAGCAGCCUCACAAGGAAACCAGAACUCCACAAUGUUCUGUUCCUACAAAUCACCUUCUAAAUAAAGGCACAGAAGCAAAAGACACUGUUCUUUUUGAGCCUCAAGAAACAGAAUCCGCUACACAGAAAAGUAAAGGUGUAGCUGUGGUGACAAAUGGAUCUUAUCAAGAGGCAGAUGACAAAGAGGCAAAUAAAACUGAUGCAGAGAUACUGGUGAUAGACAGGGAAAUAAGCACAGAGAUAGAAACAUUAAGAGAGACUGGCAUUGGCAAUGAAACAACGCCACCAGAACAUGAUGAACCUGAGACAAACACAGAUAGGACAGCGUUGACUCCCACUACCUCCUCAUGCUCAACUAUGUGGCCAGAGUGUGAAAGAGACCUUAUAGCUAAUGCAACUGAACAGGUUUCAGAAGCACUAACACGCUUCUCUUUGGACAUGUACAAGAUUUUGUUACAGCAAGACUCCCAGUCCAACCUUGUUGUUGCUCCAGUUAGCAUUGUUCUAGCUCUCUCACACCUCAUGCUUGGAACUGGAAAAGAGACCAGAGAUGUCAUGCUGAAGACCAUGUAUAAAGGAGUAAAAGACACUCAAUGUGUGCACGAGGCCAUAAUGAGAUUGUUCAAUAAAGACUUAUUUCUAAGUGCUUCUGAAGUGUUCUACAAAAAAGAUUUGUCACUGACUGCUGAGUUCCAUAAUCAGUCCAUGAAAUAUUAUGAAAGUGGUGGACAGGAAUUAUUGAAUGAUCCAAAGACAAGCCUUAAACAAAUUAACACGUGGGUAUCAGAGAAAACAGCUCAGCACAUCCCGGAGUUACUAAAAAAACUUCCUCACGACUUGCAACUACUACUUGUUAAUGUUCUGUACUAUCAAGGUAAAUGGCUGACUUGUUUUGAUCCAACGCUCACUAAGAAGGAAUCCUUUAACCGACCAGGAUUAAGUUCAGUGAAAGUCCCUAUGAUGAACAGCCACAAAUUUCCACUGCAAUCAAUUAGAGACAAGUACCUAAAAGCCCAGGUGGCCCGCUUUCCACUGACAAACAACAUCAGUCUCCUCAUCAUCCUUCCACAUCCAUCAGAAUCUCUGAAGAAAGUUGGGACACGUCUUACUGAAGAAGCUGUGCGUAUACUGAUCAAAGAGCUUCAAGAUAUACCUCCUCGCUCAACAUUUGUAUCCCUUCCACAUCUAAAGCUGGAUUGGAGCAAUGAGCUGGCUGAAGUGCUGAGUAAACUUGAUCUUGAUAACCUCUUCUACGGUCCAGAUCUCUGUGGACUUUCUCCAGAACCUGACCUUGCAGUCAAUGAUGUCUAUCACCGUGCUGUUCUAGAGGUCACAGAAGAGGGUGUCAGUGCGAUUGCCGCGUCCUCUGUGGCUGUUGCUCGUACUGUUAAUGUUUUUGCAGUUAAGAGACCUUUCAUUUUCAUCCUGGCCAGCGACAUAUCAAAGAUUCCCCUCUAUAUAGGCCAUGUUACUGACCCUAGCCAGUAACACUCCAGUGUAAAAACAUCCUCAUACCAUAAAAGAAAACAUUUAUUCAUAGGGAAAAAAGAAAACAUGUAUGGGAUGGUGGGUUGCUGGGAAUAUAUCCAUUUAUGUAGGGAAAUGAUUGACACAAGUACAUUAAAAUAUUGUGGCAUAAUCAAA